GUGCUAGUCAAAAAGAAAACACAAAAACCAGAAAAAUCUUGAUGGUGUGAAAAUGGGACAAUAGAGGAAAAACAGGAACAUAUGACCAAAUUAAAGAGAGCAAAUUAACAAAAACAACAAAAAAAACAACAAAAGUUUGGAGGAGAGAGAAGAGGAGAAUCGAAAGAGAAGAGGAGAUUCGAGACAGACUGAUGGGAUUUGUAUGCUGAUGAUGAGUUUGGAAAAUUAGAGAUUCCACAAUUUACUCCUAAAAAAAGAGAGAAAAUAAACAAAUUAAAAAUCCCAUUUUUAUUGAUUUUCAGAUUCCAAAAUUCCUUUUUUUUUUUCUUUUCUUUUCUUUUGGGGUUUAAUUUUUUUUUUUUGUUUCCUCUCAUUUUUUUUUUCUUCAGUUUGGGUAAUAAAUUGACAUUUAAGCUAGUGCCCAGAUUCGGAUUCGUUCAAAAUUCCCUAUUUUGCAUCAAACCCUUAUCCAAAAAUCUGAUUUUUGAUUGACCCAGUUGAGAAAUUUGAUUGAAAAACUUAUGAAUUUUUGUGGGUUUGUUGUGUUUUUUCAUUUUGUGGGUUUGAGUUUUUUGUAGGUUUUUUUUUUUUUGUUUUUGUUUUUGUUUUUGUUUUUGUUUUUGUGGGAGGUGCAUAACAAUAAAGGCACUGAUUGAAUGGGUGAUUUUAGGGAACCAAACGGUGUCGUAUUGGAAGAAUCAUCAGUGCCAUCAUCAUCUUUUUCUCUCUCCUCUUUUAGCCCGGAAGUGUGGGCCCGGGCCGAGCAGACAACCCAUGAAAUUAUCCGGCAGGUUCAACCAACUGUUGUGUCUGAGGAGAGAAGAAGAGAUGUUGUUGAUUAUGUUCAGAGGCUUCUUAAAGGUUAUCUUGGUUGUGAGAUUUAUCCUUUCGGAUCAGUACCAUUGAAGACUUAUCUUCCUGAUGGAGACAUUGAUCUUACCGCAUUUUGUGGUUUUAAUCUUGAGGAAGCUUUUGCAAAUGAUGUGUUCUCUGUCCUAGAAGCAGAAGAUCACAACCCUGCUGCUGAAUUUGUUGUAAAGGAUGUGCAGUACAUUCGUGCAGAGGUUAAGCUUGUAAAAUGCCUGGUACAGAAUAUUGUUGUAGACAUAUCGUUUAAUCAGAUAGGAGGGUUGUGCGCGCUGUGUUUUCUCGAGGAGGUUGAUCGUUUAAUUGGCAAAGAUCAUCUUUUUAAGCGCAGUAUCAUUUUAAUCAAGGCCUGGUGUUAUUAUGAGAGUCGUAUACUGGGUGCACAUCAUGGUUUAAUAUCUACAUAUGCCUUAGAGACGCUGGUUUUGUAUAUUUUCCAUCUCUUCCAUUCAUCUUUGAGUGGUCCUUUGGCAGUUCUACAUAAAUUUCUGGACUACUUCAGCAAAUUUGAUUGGGAAACUUUUUGUGUGAGCUUAAAUGGUCCAGUCCAUGUAUCCUCAUUGCCAGAAAUUGUGGCCGAGAGACCUGAAAGCAGUGGGGGAGAUUUGUUGCUUACUGAUGAUUUUAUGAGAGAAUGUGUGAAAAAAUACUCUGUUCCUUCUAGAGGAAAUGACACAAAUUACAGGACAUUUAUGCAGAAGCAUCUUAACAUAGUCGAUCCACUAAAAGAGAACAACAACCUUGGUCGCAGUGUCAGUAAAGGAAACUUCUUUCGUAUAAGGAGUGCCUUUUCAUAUGGAGCUCGGAAAUUGGGUCAAAUUUUGUUGCAGCCUCGGGAGAAUAUAGCUGAAGAAGUUCGUAAGUUUUUUACUAACACACUGGAUAGACAUGGAAAAGGACAGAGACCUGAUGUUCAGGAUCUUCUGCUAACAUCUGGGUGCAAUGGGUUUGCUCCUGACAUUUUUAUUUGUGGAUCUGAACCUGUAUUAGAUGAUAAGUGUGCUCAUGAAGAAGAUUUUAUCGACUCUAUCAACCGAGCGAGUGAACAUAGUGUAGGUUUUGGGGAUACAAGGCAGGGAGGGGUCAGUAAGUUCAGAGAGCCUGGAACCUAUUUGGAUGGAACUGAAAUGGAACAUCCUAGAGGUAUAAAUAGAUCAGUUUCUUCAAGAACUUCGCCAGCAGCUCAGUUAUCUGAGGAUGAUGUUUCUUCUUCUGCCAGCCGUCUUUCUGGGGAUGCGAUUGAUCUUGCAACGUAUGGGAUCCAGGAUCUGAGAUUAGCAGAUUACAGAGAUAAACCUUCUCCAUAUUCGGAAGAGGAUAGAAAAUCUCCAUUACCUAACAUAGCUCAUGUGUCUAAUUUAAAUCUUUCACAACCCUUAGAAAAUGGGAAGAUGGUCAAUGGAGAUUUAGAUGAUGAGCGACCCACAGAUUCUUCUUAUCUCACUCUCACUGGGCAUCAUCACACAUGCCAUGAUGGUAGCAACUUCACAUUUGGGAAGGAGGAAAAUAAUCAGCUAUGCAAUAACUUGGACUCAAACUGCUUGCGAGAUUCACAAUCUAUUUGUUUGAAUGAUCUUUCCUCUAAGACAGCUGGAAGCCAUGAAACAGAAAACAUUCACCCUGAUCUCUCAGGGGAUGUUGAUUGUCAUUUUAACAAUUUACAACAUGGCCGAUGGUGGUAUGAUCAUGGGUUGCAAAUGACCAUCCAGCCCAUACAUCUGACCUUGCCUCCUGUGUUCCAACAAAAAAGUCCGUGGGACACAAUCCGGCAGUUCAGGCAGGAUGUCAUCCCUCGAAUGAAUGUUCCAAGACAUGCCUUCUUGCCCUUAAAUCCUCCAGUUGUACAUGGUGCCUUUAAUGUGGAUGAGAUGCCAAAGGCUCGUGGGACUGGAACAUACUUUCCCGUUACGAACCAUCAUGCAUACAGGGAUAGAUCCAAUGUAGCAAAGGGAAGGUCUCAGGGACAGUUGAAAUCUCCUCGGACCAAUGGCCGAGGUCCAACACCUGUAGAUAGAAACCCACAGGUACAAUCUCCUGGUCGUCAUGGUGUUGGGAGGCCCAAGUCUCUGGACUCCUUUGAAAGUUCACCUAGAGGCAAGGUCUACAAAGAAGUUAAUGGAUUUAUUCAUUCUUCUGAGAAAGCUGUUGAAUGUGGGCCACCUGGGCACCCUUCACUGGAACCACCCUUUCAAGAGCGAGAAAAUUGCAUGCCUCUCGAUUCAGUCCCCUCUCCUGGAAGCCAAAAAGAGGAGUCUGUGGUUGCUGUGAAUGGUGACAGGUUCUCUCUACAGUCAUAUCGCCUUAAAGAUGACGAGGACUUCCCGCCAUUGUCUGUUUGAAAGAAGUCCAGCAAAAGGCUUGAAACCACAUAGCAGAAACUAGAAGUUUUCAGAUUAAACCAGGGGUUUAGAGGCAUUUUUGUACAUUUUCUAAAGUUGUGUUACAUUAUGUUCAGCUUUAUAGCUUACAGCUGAGGAGUUAAUGUUGCUCCUAGGAACCUAGUUGAUGAUUCUAACACGGUUUUUGGUAAUCCUUGUUGCAUCUGUAGAUAAAUUUUGAAAUGCAAAUCUUGUAGAUUUCUAGUGUAACUUUAUAAGUAUAUCAAAAGAGUGUAUUCUUUCUUA